AUGGCAAUCGACGAUCUCGCCACCAUCAAUGCCUCCAAGGAGAACUGGACUAUUGUUGUAAAAGUGAACCGUUUAUGGGUAAGUCCGAGCUUAUAUGGUUUGAAGCUUCCCUUUUCCAUGGACAUGGUUCUUAUGGAUGGCAAGGGUUGUAAGAUUCACGCUUCAGUUAGCAAGACUCUUAUUUACCGAUUCCAGUAUUUGAUAAGUGAAGGACGCGUAUAUCAGAUUUCAUUUUUUGGUGUUGGUGAAAGCGGUCGUGAUUUCCGCCCAACCUCGCAUCCAUUCAAGAUCAACUUUGAUAUACACACUUAUGUACGAUUGGUUCCUAACAAUGCUAUCAACUUAAGUCCUUACUCUUUUGUGCCACUUUGUAACAUAAUGUUUAAGGACCUUGAUACGUCUUUCCUUAUAGAUAUGAUUAGAAUUCUCACUAGAGCAAGUAAUGAACAAGAGCUUAAGAAAGAUAGUACAAAGCAGAAAAGAAUAACUAUUAAACUUGACCAAGAUAUACAUGUAUCACAAGAUACAUUUUUCAUUGACACAUAA